ACCUCUCUAGUCUUGCAAUGUGUGCCUUAUGUAUUCACGAUAUGGGAAUUUAUGGUUUUGGGUUGUAACCUUUACCAGAAUGUCUCAAAGGUGUCGUUCACGGAAUCAGUGGUUGAAGCGAUGAAAGGAUUUGCUGACAUCCUUUGAACGUUUUACUUGUAUGCAGCUAACUACGAUUUUGUAGAUUAAGCACAUUGUGGAAAUGACCUUUAAUGCAGUAUAUGUUCUUGUGCAUGUGUUUUUCUUUUGAAUACUAUUAGUUUUUAUCAUUUUAAUCCAACUCUUAUGUUUUGAACGUAAGCUUCGUAGUAUAUGCGACCAAAACAAUUUCGUUUUUUAGAAUAAUAAGAAUUUAACUUGCAAAUAUCGACACUGAGAGAUAAUUAUCUGUUUCUUAACUGACUUAACGUACACUUUCUUCGGGAAUCCUUUGUUGGAAACAUUUUAUGUACAAUUUCAACCUAAUUUCUUCAAAUUUGCAGAGAUGAAAGUUUUCUAACAACAAUAUCGAGUAAAUUAACGGCCACUGACGAGAUCACAUGUAGGGGGUGUCAAGAAUGGCUACAGAGUUCUUCGCGGACUACGUGCAGCAUUGAUGAUUACUCACAAAUUUCCUCUGAGCAAUAUGGGUUUGAACCGUCUUCAGCAUUUCAUGUGUUGUUCACUAUUGAUUGUGUUGACACUAGGUGCAGUAGCACAAGGUUUUUCAUCGUUUGCACAAGGAUACCGAUCCAUGUCCUUCAAUGGUUUAAAUGUUUGCAGUUGUGUUGAAUGCGAAGUGAUGAAUCCUUCUAUGAUUCAAGUAACUGUCGUUGUUCGACGGUACACAAUAAGGUAUGAUGCAAGGUUUAAUGAGCUAGAGACGCCACCCAACUGGUGACCCUUAGAAACUCCUGUGCAGGUCGGGGUGGAGGCGUUGCAAUGUCUGUCUGAAUCGUCAAGGGUUUUUGUGCGUGUUUAAAGGUAAGCAACUUCUCGUCUCCUGUGGCAAUCGCUGGGAGUUGAGAGCAGGUUUGUGAAGGAGCUUCCGAAGAAGGAGCUUCCGAAGAAGGAGCUUGGGAUCCUUUCCCACUGAUUGCUGGGCUGCAAUCUUAUGGCUGUGGGGUAUGACUGGCAUUCAUAUCUGUAGCCUAGAACAACGUAGUAAAACUAAAUCUGCGCAGGAACUCCAUCGAAGAUACGUUAAUGAUUCAGCACAGGAGAUGACCCUAAACUUCCAAAUUUAGCAUCACCUUCUCUCUCCACGGAAUUGAUAUCAGAACGUUCAGGCGUAUGGAUGGGUGGGCGUGUUUAACCUGACCAGUAUGAGGCAGAUUUGUCGUGAUGCUGGAGGAUUGUUGUGGAGUAACUGCAGUAUCUGCGAUUCUUGUCGCAAUGUGAUCAAAAUUCAUUGUUGUGUUGUGCUUACUUUUUCCGUCUGACAUGAAGACGAUGUGGUGAUUAGUCAUCGUACAAGUUGAUCUUGAACUCAUAGUCCGUGGUGGCUGGGAUCUUGUACUCCAACGGCCACUGGAUAGGGCCAGCGAAGGAUUGUUCUACUGUAGCGCAGAGUUGGGUGUGAGCUUCUGGAAGAAGAAACUUGAGACAAUUUACAAUUGUCCCACGAUUGUCAUAGUGACCAGGAAAGAUGUCCAAGGGAAAAUCAAGGCCAGGUUCUGCAGAUGGCGAAAGGCCGAGCUCAAGCGGCAAGUCUAAGAAGCCACAUCACCAGAGCAAGUCAUCGUCAGCUGAUGGUUCGAAAUCCAAGUCGCCACGAUCAGCUUCAGCAGAUAGCUCCCGAAAUUCACCAAGGCCAGUGUUACCAGAUAAUGGCAAAAGGAAUCCACUGAGUAAGCUUAAUAGGCUACGUAACGGGGGUAAUCCAAAGCCAUCGUUCCUGGGAACAGGUGCAUCGGAGGCCACGAAGAUACUCUUAAAGACUAAGCCAAGGGCCUUUCGAUCAGCAGAUAGCUCCCCACGUUCAUCCAGAGGUGGCUUCCCAAAAGCAGGAUCAAGACAAGGCUCGCCUACUGGAUUCCCAAGGUCUCCAAGCUCGACAUCGAAGUUGACGACGUCCGAUCCAUGGGGUGGUUCCAACUCGGCUGUAAAGCGUCUGAUGGAAGAAACAUGUUCUGUGAAUGCGAGAGAAUCAACGCCCGAGGUUAAAGUGCGGAAGCUGGAAUUCAAUAAGUACUCUGACAAGGAAAGUCUUUUAAAUGAAUUGCAAAGUUUGAAGGAGGCGGUGGCUUAUCAGGCUUAUCACUUCCUGCUCCACAAAGCUCACCUUCAGGGUCUCCGAGCAAAGCAGAGAAAACUAGAGAAAAAAAUUGAAGACCUGGAAAUUACAGCCGGAUCCAAUGCACCACGAACAGGAGGUCAUAGCCGCUUGCUUUCAAAGAUAGCAGGUUUGCGUAUGAAAAUUGUGAGUCUCGAAGAUGACAUCACGAAUCACCAGGAGAAAAUCCAAAACCUCAAGUACAGAUACCAAGUCUGUCUGACACGGGAGGCUGUCAUGCAAAGAGAUAUGGCUGCAGGAGAUGUUUGGAGGCUCCAAAAAGAGCAGAGAGAGGCCAAGGAGAGACUCGUCAGUUUGACAACACACAACAGGAAAUUCUUAUAUUACAGAGACCUAGUCUUGCCAGAGCUUGAGAAGUCAUUUAAAAUCAAAACGGAAAAGUUGAAGGAAGGGAAACUUCGAAUCAAAGAAACAGAAGAACAAGGCAAACGAUUCACAGCUGAGUCACACAAUUGGAAGAAAGCGGCAGACAAGUUCCAGAAGCGAGCUACCGAACUACGGGACGAGCAAAAGAAGAUGAGAGGCAAGCUGAAACAGGAACUUGAAAGGAAACGGAAGACACAGCAAAGCGCUUGGGCAUUGGAAUACGAGACCUGCAUGCUGGAGAAAGAGGUCAGGUACAGACGCAAGAUGGGUACACUCAAGAGAGAAACUAAGAUAAGCAAGUCAUCUGGUACAGAGAAAGGUGAAAUUGAGAAGGAGUCUAAGAAGAAUAAGAAGAAAAAGAAGAAGAAGUAGAAGCCUGGGCAUUGACAGCCUGCUUGUCACAUGGAGGAACUGAAAUCAGCACAGGAGUGCAGCCCCUAUUGCCUGUCCAUCACUACAUCCAAAGCCAGUGCCUGAGUUACAGAAGCUAUGGCUAUGGCUAUGGCUACGGCAAUCCGCAAGGAUGUAGCUCACCAUGUUUCAUUGUAUUGCAACCAGCAAGCUGAAGCUCUCAUGGUACAGAUGAAGCUUCAUGUGGGUGUCUCUCUUUCCAUCAAUGACCCACUUGUUGGGUUUCUACAACCUUCAAUGUGUUGUAAUUUUGUAAAGCUCCUCACAUUCUAUCACAUUUGUUUCUUUCCGUGGAAAGGAAAAAUGUGACAAAUGGAUCUAAGCCAGCUUCAAACUCAUCCAGUUUACGGGUCAAAAUUUUCCAUAUGCAGAAAGCCUUCAAGCUUGAAACGUGGAGAGUCUAUAUUGAGCUUAGAUAUGAUUCAUGGUUUGCCAAAUAUAUUUUGGGGAUAUUAUGUACUUCUGCUAUAACUUAUGAAUUCUUUUUUGUUGAAUUUUUAUUUAUUUUGGGAAAAAAGAAGCACUGGAGCAUGGAGAAGCAACAUUGCACAUAAUGAUGAUUGAAGAAAGACAUAGAAUUCUAAGUGUGUUGGAAGAAUAUUGUUGAAAACCAUCAUAAUGUAGUAAAACCACAAAAUGAUAUAUAAGUAUGCUAUUUUUUGAAUAGAAGUCAACAAUGACUUGUGCAAUAUAUAGUAGAAGUGCUUCUGAUUUUGUUUAAGGCUAAGAUCAUAUCUGUCACUAUUUAUUCAAUUUGAAUCAUUCGUUUUAAAUAAUCGUUUGAAGUUUAUUAACUA